AUGACUAUACUUGCUUUAACUUUAUAUUGUGCAUUCUUCUUUUUCAGUGUUACUUAUUAUAUUUCUACUCUUGCUACAGCACCUUGGGUUAUGCGCAUAAGUUGUGGAGCUCGGUUGGAUGUUCAUACAGCGCCAACCAAUACUUUUUGGUAUAAGGAUUUUGCUUAUACAGGAGGGAUUCCAGCAAAUGCAACACGUCCGAGUUACAUCAGUCCUCCGCUAAAGACUCUUCGGUAUUUCCCCCUAUCAUCAGGUCCCAAUAAUUGCUACAAUAUUAAUAGAGUGCCAAAGGGGCAUUAUGCUGUGAGAGUCUUCUUUGGACUAGAAGGGCGUCCUAAUUUUGACAAUGUACCUUUAUUUGACAUUUCCAUUGAAGGCACCCAAAUUUUUUCUUUGAAAUCUGGUUGGACUAACCAAGAUGACCAAGUGUUUACUGAAGCGCUAGUGUUUCUAACUGAUGGAAAAGCCUCCAUCUGUUUCCAUAGCACAGGUCAUGGAGAUCCGGCAAUACUUUCUAUUGAGAUUCUUCAAGUUGAUGAUAGAGCAUACUAUUUUGGCCCAGCAUGGAGUCAAGGGAUAAUCCUUAGAACAGCUGCCAGAUUGAGCUGUGGUAAUGGGAAACCGAAAUUUGAUGUUGAUUAUAGUGGGGAUCACUGGGGUGGGGAUAGAUUUUGGAGUCCCAUCAAAACUUUUGGCCAGGGAUCUGAUUUAGCUAGAUCUACUGAAAGUGGCAUCAAGAAGGCUUCAAAUACACCAAAUUUUUAUCCAGAAGCUCUUUACCAGACAGCACUUGUUAGCACUGAUACUCAGCCAGAUUUAGCAUACACAAUGGAUGUGGAUCCUAAUAGAAACUACUCGAUUUGGUUACACUUUGCUGAGAUUGAUUCUUCAGUCACUGCUGCAGGGCAAAGGGUAUUUGACAUUUUGAUUAAUGGUAAUGUUGCAUUUGAAGAGGUAGAUGUUGUCAAAAUGAGUGGGGAUCGGUAUGCUGCUCUUGUACUUAACACCACAGUUACUGUUAGUGGAAGAACUUUGAUGAUCAGCUUGCAUCCUAAAGAAGGCAGUCAUGCCAUAAUCAAUGCCAUUGAGGUCUUUGAGAUUCUUACAGCCGAGUCCAAAACUUUAUUGGAAGAAGUUAGUGCUUUACAGUCACUGAAGAAUGCAUUGAGCCUUCCCCUUCGGUUUGGGUGGAAUGGGGAUCCAUGUGUUCCCCCACAACAUCCAUGGAGUGGAGCAGAUUGCCAUUUUGACAAGACUAGCAGCAAAUGGUUUAUCGAUGGACUAUGUCAAUAUGAACCAUCGCUUAAUAUGGCUUACUUCUUUAUGGUCAGUGCCCUUGACAAACAAGGUUUGAGGGGUUUCUUGCCAAAUGAUAUAUCCAGACUGCGCCAUUUGCAGAGCAUAAACUUGAGUGAUAACAGUGUCCGUGGAGCUAUUCCAUUGUCAAUUGGAGCAAUACCUGGCUUGGUAGUUCUGGACCUUUCGUACAAUUCCUUCAAUGGAUCAAUUCCUGAAAGCCUUGGACAGUUAACAUCAUUGCGAAGACUGAAUCUCAAUGGUAACUCUCUGUCUGGAAGAGUCCCAGCAGCACUAGGAGGAAGACUUUUGCAUGGUGCUAGUUUCAAUUUUACUGAUAAUGCAGGUCUUUGUGGCAUACCUGGAUUGCCUACAUGCGGCCCUCAUCUUUCUGCUGGUGCAAAAAUUGGCAUUGGAUUUGGUGCAUCAGUGGGAUUCCUUCUGAUGGUUGUCUGUUCAAUGUGUUGGUGGAAAAGACGACAGAAUAUUCUCCGUGCACAGCAAAUUUCAGCAAGAGGUGCCCCUUAUGCAAAAGCAAGGACACAGUUAUCGCAUGAUAUCCAGAUGACAAGGCAUUAUAAUCAAGGCAAUGCCCGGACAGCUGCUGAGAAUGGGCCCAGCUUACUAUCAUGA